GGCAGUCGAAUUAUUCAAAUCGUAACAACACUAAUAAAAACAAACUUGUCAAGAUGCACGUGAACUACAAAAUGUUUGCAAAAUUGAAUCGUUGAAUAUAACAAUUUUUUUUGUAAAAAUGAGUUACAAUAAUACUAGUUUUAUUGCUGAUAAUGGAAAUUACAAGUAUCAACAAGAAUCAUUAGAUUCUUCUAGGAAUCAAAGACAGUUUUAUGCUCCCUAUCAGCCAUGUGCUCCUCAUUCUGGGUCACCAUUUUUGUUUUCCAAUCAAGAUUCAACUUGCAAUUUACCAUCGUAUGUUUUACCAGUAAUACCUCCAUCAAAUAUCAUGAGACCACCACAUUUAUAUAUGCAAGCAGUAAAUUCCCCCUGCAGCAAUCAGUUUUACUCUCCACAGCAGUUGUUACCACAAAAUCCUCCAUUACAACAGCAGUACAAUAAUUUUCCCCCAAAUAAUAACUUAUGGAACAAUUGUUCAUUGAAUGUAAAUGGUUCAAAUUUUCCGCAAACAUGUGGCAAUUUUCAGGAUGACAAGAAUCACAUGCGCCAAUAUAAAAACUUUCAUUCUGGUCAUCAAAAAAACAAUAAUUUUUUAAAAAAUCAAAACAAUUAUUAUAAUCAAAAUAAAAGCUGGAACUAUAAAAAAAAUUUUAAUGAAAGUUCUACAAUGAAAAACAAAGAAUCUAUUCCUAAUGGACUAUAUCGGUGUGAUCCUUGUGAAAAAGAUUUCAAUGGUGAAAAAGCAUUAAUAGCUCAUCAGAAAAUGCACAUAAAAUGUGAAGAAUGUUCAUUUUCAGCAUCAAGCAAAUCUGUAAAACUUCAUUUUAUACAAAAUCAUGCAGAAGGCAAGUUUCGCAUUUGCUUAGAAACACCUGAAAAAAUCGAAAAGUGGAGAGAAGAAAGAAGAAGAAAUUGGCCAUCUCUGUCAAAUAUUGCAGAAAAGCAAAAGAGAGAUAUACACAAUCAGGAGGCUGGUGCUGUAAUUGAAAAAAAAGAAUUCACUUAUCAGGAGCGUGGUAACCGCAACGAGCGAAAUAAAGGAAGGAGGGGAGAAAGAAAGAAAUGCGGUAUUCGUGUUCGAAGUGGGGGUAAAGGGGGGAAUUUUAGUAAUGAAAAUAAACAGGAAAAAUUGUUAAAUUCAAAUGAUGAUGCUGCUUUAGCAACUAAAAGUUCUGGUGAAAUUAUAGAAAACUCAAUAACACCAGAUUUAUCAUCUAUACAAGGUUCUUUAGACAUAAAAACUGCCCAAAGCAUAGAUAUAAAAACUGCAAGCAACAAUGGGUUAAGUUUACUGCACGAAUAUGACGAUUCAUGUGAUGAACAGCCAAAUAGUUUAGUAAAAGAAAUAGAAAAAAAACAACAAGAUAAAGAAGAAGGUGAGUUAGAUACAGAGUCAGAAGAACAUAUAAAAGAGAAUUUAGAAGAAGCUUCACUUUUACCUGUUGCCAUGGAGUGCGAUCCUAAUAACAAUUCUAGCAUAAAAUUCAUGCAAAAACGCAGUAGAGGAAGGAAGCGUAAAGGAAAACAAAACGCCAAUCAAAGUGUCAACCCAGUUGAUAUACAAGGACCGCAGUUUAAAAAAGUGUCUCUUCUUGAAAUGCUUUUAGCGAAUGAAAUUCGUCACGAGCGAAACCUUGUGUUACAAUGUAUUCGACACAUUGUAAAAAAAAACUUUUUCGAGUAAAUGAAGAAAAUGUUUGAAGUCCAACGAUUACGUUUUAAUAUAAACGACAAUAAGUUGAAGUCCGACGACUGUGUUUUGAUAUAGACGACAAUAAGUAAAUAUUUGAAGUCCGACGACAACGUUUUAAUAUAGACGUCAAUGAGUAAAUGUUAAGUUUAUAAAAUUGUGUAGUCUUUAAUAAAGAAAAUUAUUGAAAUAAA